GAGCGUUUAUUUUAGUGUUAAGUGCUGAAACGCGACGGGCACAUAUUUAGACAGACGCAGGAAGGUCAGAGUGUUUCCAUGUGAUAGAAGCCCCGAAGAUGGCGAUGCUUGCAGAACCACGCAGGAAGCAAAAGUGGUCUGUGGAUCCAAGGAACAGCGCUUGGAGUAAUGAUGAGUCCAAGUUCGGACAGAAGAUGCUGGAGAAAAUGGGCUGGUCGAAGGGAAAGGGGCUGGGAAGAUGCGAGCAGGGGGCCACAGAGCACGUCAAGGUGAAAGUGAAGAAUAACAGUCUGGGACUGGGCUCCUCUGCCAGCUACGAGGAUAACUGGAUUGCCCAUCAGGAUGAUUUUAAUAAGCUUCUUGCUGACCUGAACACCUGCCAUGCCCAAAACGGAUCUACAGACUCUGAACAGAAGCAGAGCUUCAGCUUGGAAGAGAAGUCCAAGACUUCAAAAAAGCGGGUUCACUACAUGAAAUUCACAAAAGGAAAGGACCUGUCUAGUCGCAGUGAGAGUGACCUAGCCUGCAUCUUUGGGAAGCGGAUAAAGAAGUCUAAAGAGCAGGAAGAGGGCAGCAGCAGUCAAGAAUCCCAGGAGGAGACUGAACAGGAAGAUGGGGAUGCCAAACAAGCUGUAACCUCCGGCCUGGAUGUGGAAACCCCCAUGAACACGGUCACCAGCUCUCUGACCAUGCAGGAGUACUUUGCGCAGAGAAUGGCCCGGUUGAAGAAGAGCCAGGGAGAAGCCCAGACCGAGUCAGCUAUCGUCCCAUCUUCCGAAGACUCGGGCCCUCCAGAAUCACCGAAACAGAAAUCCAAGAAGAAGAAAAAGAAACAUGGCCGCCGAGAAAGUGCAGAGCUGCUGAGGGAGGCUGUCACAGGGGAUGGCAAGGGCUCGCCAGAAGGAGAAGAACUGGAGAAGCAGGGAGAGAAAUGCGUGGACACAGUAGGCCACACCGUCAGAAAACCCAAGAAGUCAAAAAACAAAGAGGUUGUGAAAGGACAUGUGCAGGGAGAAGAAGAGGACAAUGCAACAGAAAAAAUAGAGAGGAAAAAACAGAAGAGGAAGAAGAAAGAGGAGGAACCAGAAGAAAUCACUGUAAAACCCAAGAAAAACAAGAAAAAGAAGAGAGAUCAUUUAGAUUGAAGAAGGCAAUUUAGAAGUAGUUUAGACUUCGUUUUUAAAAUGCAGGGGGCAGAGAGCAUACCAUGGAGUAAUGUGUCUUACAUCAUCACAUUCCUCAUUUUUAAGCCUUGGUCUCCUAGUACACAACUUUUUACUUUGCCUGUCUGAUGUUUUCACAAAAUGAAAGUUUGUGAUAGAAAUGAGUAAUUUUGCAUUAGUAGUGCUCACAGUUCACACCCUAAAACUUUGCUCCUCACCUCAGUCCUCUUGUGAUGUCUGAUGAGAGGGAACAGCUUUUCUAGUCCAAGGUUUUUAUUGAUCUACUUUAUUUCUCAGCCAUGGUACUGGUACUACGUGUCCUUAACACAAGAAAUAAUGUUAAAGAAAACAUUUUAAUUAUUAAAAAUGACACAUCAGCCCCUUCAGAGGAAAUAAUUUCUCAUUUAAAAUAUGAACUGUCUUCAGUAAAAUUUCUAGACAAUGUAAUAAAGGAUGUACAAAAGGAAUGGUUAUUAUACAUCGACUGCUUGAAUUUCUUUUUCAUCCUCAUUUAAAUCUUUAUCCAGUGCACUGAAAUUGUUAAAUAAGUGACUUUAACAAGAAAGUGCCUUGUCUAACUUAAUGUAGUGUUUUAUUAAAAAAGAAUAAGAAUGUAGUUCAUUUUACUCCUUAAAACCUGAAGGCUGCAGCCCCUGAAAAUAAGUUGUAUAUGAUGCAGUGCAGUGUUAUAAGAUGUUAUAAGUGUUCUUGAAAACAACAGAAGCAGAGCACCCGUUUCAACUGGAUUUGAGUAACUACCUUAUUGAGAUCAUUUUACUGCUGCUUCUGCAGAUUCACAAAGAUAUAUAAAGAUAUUAGUAUUUCAUAAUGUAAGGACUGUAUAAGCAGUUUUAACACCUAAUGAAUGUUAUGAUAAUUUAACUCUUUAUAGCCUGAAUUUCUUAUCCACUGAAAUCUUCCUAGGUAAGCCUUUAGCACUUUGAAAUCAUGCUCGCCAUGAGACAUUACUGUGUAAAAUCAGGAUUGAUUAUUUGAGCAGAGACUGAUCUGAUUUUUACAAAAUAAAAUGGUUUUCACACAACACAUUCUUGCUAAGGACUUGAUUGAAGGAAUUACAUGAUAAUUAUUUUCUUAAUUGGUGUCUCCACUUAAGUAGUAAACAAUAUAAAAUCAAAUAUAAAGUUUUGCACCUUAUAUGAAGUAGGAACAUUUAAGAUGGUAUGAUAACUCACGCCAAAUGAUGUAAAGAAUAUAUUGCAAAGAUUUAACGGGUUAAAUACAAAACUGGUAGUUAAAUGUGUUUAGAAGUGUGAUAGUAACUGAACAUACAGAGCACGGUUGUGAUAUUAACUGCGUUUGUGAAAGUUAUGCAAGAAAAAUAAAGCAUCUUUUUUCAACUCCUAAACCUCA